GUUGUAUCUGGAGCCGAACCUGUCCCUCGACUUUAUCAAGCCCUGAAAGUGACGGAGAUCGUUGCAUCAAACCACUCAAAGAUGGCGACGAAAGCAGCGUACAAGCGACUCACCCGCGAGUAUCAAAACAUUCAAAAGAAUCCCCCGCCAUACAUUGUGGCGCAUCCAUCGGAGUCCAACAUUCUCGAAUGGCAUUAUAUUCUCACUGGUCCUCCCGGAACACCUUACGAGAAUGGUCAAUACUGGGGCACAUUGAUGUUUCCUCCCGAGUACCCAUUUGCGCCCCCGGCAAUCCGUAUGCACACUCCAAGUGGCCGGUUCCAACCGUCGUCUCGACUGUGCCUCAGCAUCAGUGACUUUCAUCCCAAAUCCUUUAAUCCAGCCUGGGAGGUUUCCACCAUUUUGAUCGGGCUGCUAUCCUUCAUGACUAGUGAAGAAAUGACCACCGGUAGUGUCAGUGCUUCGGAGGCGGAACGGAGAGUAUUGGCUGCGCGCUCAAGGUGGUGGAACUCUACAGGUGGAGGUUCUCACAUCAGCGCAACCCCAGGAGUGACUCCCACGGCGAGGGGAAUCAACAACGUGAAGGCUGGAGAUGGCGGCUUCAAGUUCCGCAGCGAAUGGCCAGAGCUGGAUCAAGAGAAUUGGCAAUGGAUGAGAGAAAACCGCAUUGAUACGAACACUGGGCAACUGAUACCCGACCCUAACUCCUCAGUCACAAAGUGCUCUCCAGAGACAAGCGCACUCCGCAGGCGUCCAAACGCAAGCGCGCCUGGACUCGGCGCGGUAAUGGAGGGUGGCCAGGUCGCACGAGAAGCAGGUCAGAGCUGGGCUCGUCGAAACAAGAUCUGGAUUGGUUUCGCCCUCAUAUUCGGCUACGCACUUCUUACCAGGCUGGUCAACGAUGUUCAAGGUUGAGCUUUCCGAAAUUUGUUUCUUUUUCACACCAAUACACCGCUAUUUUCCUCGAGCGGUCCUGAGAGAGCAUCGUGAGUCUUUGACAUCGGUUCAGCGAAGGAGACAGCUAGCGACUAGGCCCCUCUUUUUGUCAGAUUUUCCUUUGUUUCAUUGUGGCUUUAUUCCCAGCUUCGUAAUGGUGCCGUUAUCUCCAUUCUUUAUUUCAUUUCUGGGCGACUGACAACAUUGCACGAUAGUUCUGCAGCUAUUGGGAUUGCGUUCUGCAGGUUUGUCGGUUUUACAUGAUCUCUGAGGCGUUCUAGACAAGGCAUGGCGUCCGGGGCUCUGAUGAUGGUCAAAUUUGCCUGUCAACAAUGUACUUCAAUCAAAGUGUGAAUAGCAAGAACUGAACCUUCGUUCCAUUUGUCCGUAGUCAUUGGGGAAGAGAAUACUCUAGUUAGUUGAUCUCGUCCAUAUGGAGGGGGGGGCCUUGAGCUUAUUGUGAAAACAGUGACU